AUGUGUAGAGAGAAAAGAGAAGUGGUAGGCAGUGCACAGGACUUGAGUGCUUGUGUAAGUGCCUGCUGCAGCAGAGCCAAGUGUGGGGUUGCAGUGCUACAAGGGGAAGUGUGCCUGGCCCUUGAGUGUCACAGCAUUGAUGCCUGCCACUUGAGGCCUGCCAGUGGGUCGCUGGCUGUGGUGGUACAGCCAGCUGGGGAUGCUGAGUGGGUGCUGCCACCCAGCACCAAUAAAACCCAUGUGGAAUCCAAGGAAGGUGUGAACACUAACAGAACUGCACGUUUAAUGGACUCAAGAUGUGAAGUGGGAUUGAAAGAGUGUGGGGAGCAUGGUCUGUGUGAACCACUGGGAGACCACCGUAGGGAUGGCCACUGCCGCUGUAAGGCUGGCUAUUACUGGGAGGUUGCAGUGGGAGGCUGUGUCAUUAAUUCCACAGCAAACUCCAGUGCAGGUGUUCAUGCUACCACACCCACUCUCUCCAACACAUUUGCUAUCCAGAAUACUUCCAGUGCAUCACAGACACUUCCCCCUGAGAAAGAUGUAUCAUCCAAGCCACAGGUAGAGAAGUUGGUGGUGAAUAUCAAUAACAAGACUAUAGAACUUACUGAGGGAAGCAGUAUCUAUGAAGGCAAGGUGACACUUUCAGCCUAUGCUAUUGGAGGUGAUUCUGAUUGUAAAUAUGAGUGGAUGCUGCUGCAGAGACCUAAAAGUGAUGACACAGGAUCUGUCAGUGACUUACGUAGCCAGACCAUCACUCUGAUGCAUCUCAGCCAGGGUGUGUACGUCUUCAAAGUGGAAGUUACAGCAGCAGGUGCACAUGGCGAGGCAGUGGGCAAUGUGACUGUCAAACCAGCCCAGCACACCAAUCAACCUCCAAAGGCCAUCAUUGUUUCCCCUUCUCAAGCUAUAAAGCUGCCCACUUCAGGUGUUAUUAUUGAUGGUUCAACCAGUACAGAUGAUGAUGGGAUUCAGUCCUUUGCCUGGGAAGUGGUGACUGCACCACUUGGGUACAAGCUCAAGAACUCAGAGCAAGCUAGUCCCACAUUGCAGCUCACUGACCUCAUUGCUGGCAACUAUACCAUCAUGCUGCGAGUCAAGGACAAAGAAGGGCUGGAAGGCAAUGCUACAACCUUACUCACUGUAAUUAAGGAGACAGACUACCCACCCACUGCCAAUGCUGGAGGGGAUCAGAUUAUCUACCUGCCUCAGACGGAGACAAUUCUGUAUGGCAACCUGAGCACAGACGACCAUGGCAUUGAGGAGUGGGAGUGGACCAAGGGGCCAAAAGACUCUGGCAAAGCAGUGGACAUGCAGGACACACGCACAGCAUUUCUUCACUUGAGCAAUCUGGAGGAGGGACACUACCAGUUCAUCCUUCAAGUCACUGACAGCCUCCAUCAAUCCUCAAACACUUCUGUGUCCGUGUAUGUCCAACAGCCCAACCUGGCUGCCCCUAAAGCCAAUGCUGGCCCAGAUGUGCAAAUAGUAUUACCCAACACCACUGUGCUGCUAGAUGGAACAGGCAGCACUGACACCUCUCUCAGCACACACUGGCUCUGGAUACAAGUCAGUGGUCCGAGUGUAGCUCAUUUGGCCAAUCCAGACCAGCCACAAACUUUUGCUUUAGGACUCACUAAAGGAGAGUAUCAGUUCCAGCUAACAGUGUGGACUGGUGAUGAACCUAGCAAGAACACCAGUGACUCGGUAGCUGUGACUGUGAGGCAGGAUCAUAAUGUACCACCAACAGCAAAUGCUGGUGGAGACUUCAGUGUGACAUUGCCUGUUAGUGCAGUGGUGGUGGAUGGAUCUAAGUCCACUGAUGAUGUUGCUGUCACUAAGUGGUUGUGGCAGCGUGAUGCCACCUCCUUGGCUGCUGGACAGAUCAUCAACAGCUCUGAUCAUUCACCAGUCCUUAUGUUCACAGGGGUGGUGGCUGGGCGUUAUGUGUGGCGCCUCACAGUCUGGGAUGACCAGGGAGCCUCGUCCUCUGACACUGUCUCCAUCAUUAUAAAUGAAGGACCCCACCAUUUGGAUGAAGUGACUGUGGUGGUGGGAGCUGACCUAGGUACUCUCAGCAUCCUCCAGCUCUCUACCCUACUUCAGAAGAUGGAGCUGUUUUUGCACAGUGCUGAUAGGGUGGUUACCAUUCACCUGAUCUCCCUCACUGGACUACCACACUCAGGUGAGGUGAGUGUGACCUUUGUAGCACAGAGUGGCAAGGAUGUAGUGCCUGGGGUGGAGGUGGUGGCAACAUUACGUCAUCAAGUGUUACUGGAUUCUUCAGAAUUACUGGACCUGCCUCUUCUUUCUGUAGACACUGUGGUCUGUCAAAACAACUGUUCAGGUCAUGGUGAAUGUGUGGAGGCAAGCCGGGAGUGCCACUGCCACACCUGGUGGAUGGAGUCCUUUUUCCGGCGCCACCUAGGAGAUGGCAUGCAGAAUUGUGAUUGGAGUGUGAUAUAUGUGUUUGUGAUCAUCUGCAUGGUGGUGUUGGUGUUGGGCCUGGUAGUAUGGGGAAUGGCAGUGUUGGUUGGCCGCAAGCUGGUAGGCAACAGUCGGACGCGACGUAAACCUCUCCGCUACUCUCUGCUAAAUGCACAUGAUGAAAGCUUGAAGCUGCAGCCUCGUCCCCCAGGCAACCUCCUGGACUCAGCGUCUGAAAGCAACAGCGAUGUGGAGAUUCACUUUGAUUCUCGCAUGAUGAAGCAUAAAGCAGAAAAGUCCAGGAAUGGAUACCACAAGCUUCCUAGAAUCCGCACCUAGCUACUGUGUUAUUCCAGCAGUAUGAUGUAGUGACGGUGAUGAGUGUCCUAUCCAAAACUGUGUAUUUUGUUAUUUUGUUGUUAUAGGGAAAGAGUUAUUUUGCAUCUUUUAUUAUACUUUUAAGCACAAGUGGAUUGAAAUCUUAAUGAUCAGUUUACUACACUCAGCAAUAUUUGCAGUGAAGCUCCCACUGACUUAAGUGACACAUAUUACAAAUUACCAACUUAUUCUUUCUGUAUUUGAAAGAAUCUGCCAGGAGAAAACAACUAGUUAUUAACUACAUGGUAACUUAAAUUAGCCACUCAUAUUUUUUUAAAAGCACAUCAUAGAGGAUUCUGUGUUUGACGUGUUGAGAUAAGAAAAAAAUUAUCUGUUGUCACUGUUCCUUGUUUCUGCUAACAAAACUGUUGUAUUUGCUACUUUAAACAGUGCUGUACUGAGUUGAUGUGCAAUGCCUUGAAAACUACUUCUCAUGAUUGCAUAGUAUGAAUGUUAGAUUAUCACUAGAAUGGCAAAACAAAUAAAAAGAAAUGUUAUAUUAGUAUUGCCAUGGAAACACAAUGAGUACACUAGUGAAAAAAUGGAGUAAUGAGGGAAGCCAGGGUGUGCCUUACCACAAGCAUGGUGAUGGACCACCCAAAAAUUUUUGACAACAAGGUAUCAAGAGAAAGUUAAAGUGUACAGCAAAAUAACUAAAAAUUAUUUUUGUGACGGCCAACCACCAUGGUUGUGGUGAGGCACAUCCUCGUGUAAUAUUAAAGUUAUAUUUUGCACUGAUUAGGCAACAUCUAGAUUAUGCUGUACAGUUCUGGUCCCCACAUCAUAAGAAGGAUAUAGGUCCAUUAGAAUCAGUGCAAAGGAAAAUGUCUAAAAGGAUACAGGAAAUUAUGGAUAUUCCCUACGAAGUGAGAUUAAAGAUAUUAAAUUUGUAUUCCUUAGAGAAACAUAGAUUAAGAGGGACCUGAUAGAAGUAUUUAAGUGGUAUAGAGGUUAUAACAAAGGAUACAUGAGCAAAGUUCUUAGGAUCAGUAGCCAGGAUAGAACCAGAAAUAAUGGCUUCAAGCUGAAGAAAUAUAGGUUUUGUAGAGAAAUGGGAAGGAACUGUUUCUGUAACAAUGUAGUAGAUGAAUAGAACAGGCUCAUGUUGUUAGUGUUGAGUCAAUAGAGAGCUUUAAGAAAAGAUUAGAGAAACAUAUGGAUAGGGAUGAUAGGUGAAUUUAGGUAGUUUUAUUCACACAAGGACUGUCACAUGUAGGCCUGAUGGCAUCUUGCACCUUCCUUAAUUUUCUUAUGUUCUUAUGUCCCUCAUUGCUCAUUGCUCAUUGGUCUUUUCAUUGCAAUAGUUAAACAGCUUAUUUUUUUCUAUGUGUUUCACCUUUCUAGUGAAACUUAACACUUGUACUACGUAUUCGUUGCCUGUGUAUUUUCCAGGCAUUGCACAUCACACUUUGUUUAAAGCAAACACAGCUACAAAGGUAACUUGCCAAUAUAUCACAUACCUAAUUUAUUGUUCUUUAAUCUGAAAACAUGAUGGAUUAACCUAUGUGGCCUUGUAGUUACUUUCUCUUAGCAGAUUUCUUCAUACCAAGAAUGGGUAAGUUUCCAGUUUGUGCAAUGUGACACUCACAUUGGCAGGAGUUGUAAUCACAAACACACUGACUGUAUAAUUUCCAUCUUGAUUUCAUAGUGUUUAUAUCUGAAAUUUUAGCCUCAAUGCAUCUGGUCCUAGUGUGCAGUUGUUUACUCACCAUAAUUAAGGGCAAAAAAAAAAAAAAAAAAAAAAAAAUUUCAAUCUACAGCAAAGAAAAAGGGGUUGAAUUUGUGACAUACUAUAUGUAUUGGUCACAUUCUCAUCAGGCUCAUCUUCCAAGGACACGAGUUCCCUUUUCUUUCUUUAUUUAUUUAUUUUAUUUAUUUAUUUAUUUUUUUUUUCCAUAUCAUCCUUUUUUCAUACUUCUUUUAAUUUACUCAAAAGUAUAUUCUCUAUAGUUUUAUUUACACUUUUGCCUUAAAAAUAAAGUAAUUUUCAUCAGAUUGCAGUAAUAUUUAGUUGGUGGGAACUAAUUCCAGAAACAUCACAAGAAAUAGUUUGGAGCAUGAAAAUCUAUUAGCAAUUCUUCUGGUGCACCAGAUCUUGGCAGUGUUUAAACUUUGAAUGCUAUUUUAUCCAUUACUUGACUCUGUACAGACUAUGUAACACUUUGCUCUUCUACCUCAGUAUGCAUAUGAAAUAAUUUUAUUCAGUCUUAACUUAUAAUUCUAGACAUUGUAAAAAGUAGACAAGCUGGUUGAGAAGCUUGAUGUAGUGAAGUAGAGAUUUGAGAGACAUGCUUGUCUGCAUUCUCUAUAUUUAUAAUCCUUUUGAAUGUAGAAUUCAAGAUUUAAAGGAAAUCAGAAAAGGCAAAUCAUGAAGUACCAUGACAAGACACAAGGUUGUGUAUAGGCCAUUACUGUAUUAUCAUAGAUACAACUCAUCUGUAUUUUCUACACUGUACAAAGUAAUGCAGGUCAUCUGUCAAGGAUAGGUUUGAAAAUGAUAGAAAUAAUAGCAAUGAUAUGCUUAUAAAGCUUUGCCACAUUUGCUUAAUAAUGGUCAGUGGUCAAAGGUAUGAAAAUAAUAUUUAGUGUUGUUUGCAUAGGUAGCAAAUACAAUUAUCUUUCAUUUUAACUGAUUGUGAUAUAACAGACACUGUUUACAACAGACCAUGGUGGCAUACAACUAUUACCUAUUUCUAGGUUAAACGUAUGCUCUGCUCCCAAUGUAGCCGUAGCCAGAUUAAACUAAUUAAAUGGGACACAGGCACGACAUUGACUGAAAAUUUUGAGAUCUUUUUUGGUGCCAGUUAUAUGUAACUUGAUUUCAUCAACAUUAGUUACACUUAAUAUUACAUUUGUAAGUCCUUUUAUCCAAGUUUUGCAUCAUUUAUUGAACAUUGAUUUUUGUUGUAUGAAGAUUAUAUUACAAUAAUUUACUCUGCCUAUUUUAUCUGUUGUUUGCAAUGAUUUGAAGCAUUGUGCCCAGAACCAAGUGUUUGAGAUUAUGCAGUCAUAUAUUCUAGUACAGUAAGUCCUCAUUAUACGGUACAUAUGCAUUCCUGAAAACCUUACCGCAAAUCGAAAUUACCGUAUACCGAACCCAUUAUAACAUGUAAUAAUAGGGGAUGUGUUCCAGCACGUCGAAAGUCACCCCCACAUACAUGAAAAUACAUGAAAAUAGUCAUAUAAAAAAUGUAAAGUACUGCACAAAAGAAAUAAACACAAUGUUAUUAUUUACCUUUCACUCACCACAUAUUGUAUCAGGUGAUGUCCCUCCCGAGGCUAAGGGACAGUAGGGAUUUCAGCCCUUACUCAUAAUAUUCACAAAAAACACAUCGUAAGGAUUUCAUUUGUGUUCAGUGGGGAACACAGGAAGAGACUGAUUGUUGUGGUGGUAGCCCAGCUUGGUGGUGCCAUGUUACGGUGUAAACAAAACACGAGCGGAUACCGUAUCUGUGAAUUUUUCUUACCGUAAAUAGAAUUGAGGGUAAUAAUUACCAAACACCGUAACUGUGAAUUUACUGUAUAAUGAAGUACUGUAUGAGGACGACUUACUGUAUAUCAAAUAACUACAGAGAGAAUAUAUACUUGUAUAUAUUUGUUGUUUAUUUGUAACAUCGAUAUUAUAUAAUAUUUUAGAAAUUGUUUAAGUACAAGCCAUUACAGUGGUAAAGCGCUGGCUUCUUAUUGCUAAGGUCGGUAAACUGAGUCUUGCUUGGGCUGGUGAGUUUAAGCUGUUUAUUGAGAGGUUACUGCUGUGGUUGGAGCACCACAGUGGGGAGUUGGGUUCACCUGGCUGACAUUCUGGAGAACAUCAGAUGUGAUGGAUGCCAGAACUAAAACCAACCAACUUUAACUUUUAACUUUAGGUCUCCGGCUAGCAUUGACAUAUUACAUCCCGAUGAUCCAACAAAUGUGACACAUUUUUACUGUAUAUAUAUAUAUAUAUAUAUAUAUAUAUAUAUAUAUAUAUAUAUAUAUAUAUAUAUAUAUAUAUAUAUAUAUAUAAUGUAUGUAUGUUUAUGUAGUUAUUGCUAUUAUUUGAAAUCAGCUUUGAAUCCAGUAUACAAAUAUAUUCUGAGAUUUUCCACUCAUUAAAAAGUGUUGUGGUGUCAUGGCUUCUUUGUAAGAAAACUUUGGAACUAGAAACUGGUAUUAAGUUUUUCCUUGCUUCUUGUUUUAAGACAUUUGUGAUCUUAGGAUGAAUCAACAUUCCAUUCAAUAUUCCAUGAUUUACCUUCAUUCCACAGUCUGCUUCCAUUAUUGGCCUUGUGUUUUUUCUUAUUUUGAUAUUUCUUUAAAAUUAUUCUAAGAAAUUAUUCAAAAUUGAUGGAUUUAUAUAUUUAUUUUAUUUACCUGUUUUACAUUUUAGAUUACUUGUUGUAUUAAUUUAUUUCUUUUCUGUGUGAUUUUAGCAUCUGGGUUCCAGUGAUGCUUUAGGCCUUGCACAUUGUCUCUUUGGGAAGACUUUGGUCUUUGCAUUUGGAAACUGUUACCCUGAGUGGAUGCUCUUCAUUAGCUCAGACCAUAGCUAAAAUUUUAGCCAUUGCACCUUAGAAUCUAUUGGCUGCACUUGUGUAGAUUGAGCCAUGGCAGUUCCCUUAAAUGAUUAGAAUGUAAAAUCCUAAAGAGAACUUUAUGCUGUGAAUCCUAGAUUUUAAAAUAUGUUGCUAAUUUACACAUACUAUGUACAUCUAGUCAAGAAUGUUAUAUUUUAAGAGUGAUCCUUACUGUCUAACAUGGAAUAGUGAAGUUUGUAUAUAAGUGCAGAUCUGUGAUUAGUAAAUAAAUUGUUACAUAUUCA